CCCUAUUUCUAGAUUACUUUCGGUCUUGGAACAUGCCAGAAACAUUUUCCCUGCUUAUUGCACUGUGCUGAAUUUUGUUAAACCUGUGAUUAAAUCGUCAUUAAAUCUUACAUGUUGAUUUAAAAAUUAUUCAGAUAUGUACCAUUAUGGCCAAACAGGCUAAUAGCACCGGGCGUGGAGUUCAUUGAGGACUAGCUUAGUCCCUUUAAGUAUCGUGACAAAUGUUAAUUGAACAAAUUCCAGUUUAUAGACGCCCACUUUGUCAUCUCAGCAUUUCAGUUAUUGAAAAAUUAAGUUCCACCUUUUAAUGAACUUUAAAAAUGAGUUUGAAUUUUAAAAAGAAAUCCUGUUUUUCCUCGUCAGCUGACUUAUUUCCGCUCCAAAUGCUAAACGAAUAGCUAGGCUAUUAUUAGGUGACUUUGCCAUCUUAACAUCUUUUUGUUUCUGAGUUAGAGGAAUCACCUUGGCGGCAAAUGUGUAAGAGAGGCUGUGAGGAACGCAAUACUGCAAACGCUAACGUUUUGUUUUCAUAGUUAUUUGGCCACCUCGCGAGAUCCAGCGAACCGGUAGGAGUUCCUGUUUUCCCCUUUUAAUUUUUGUCAAUCUAAUCUUUCAAGUCAACAAAGCUAAAAUCGCGCACCCAGGGGGUUCACUUCCCCAGAGGGGCUCAGAUCAUGAAAUAAACGCCACUAAAAAAAACGCUGGACGAAGCGACCCACAGAGAAAAGUCCCAGGAAGUGACUUCCGGUUGAAGGUGGGAGGAGCGGCUGAUUUCCGGUCAAGGCGCCGGCGACAGCUCUAGCGCAGGCGCGUUUCGCAGUUUGCAGGCUUUUUUUUUUUUUUUUUUUUUUUUUUCCCUUCCCUUUCCCCUCCCCCUCCCUACUCCAAGCCGGAGGGGUCUUGAGGUGACAGCGCCUGCAACUGAGAUUUCAGCAGCAGGAAAAGAUGGAGAAGAGGAAGCUCGGGCGACGGCCAUCUUCAUCCGAAAUCGUCACAGAAGGAAAAAGGAAAAAGUCUUCUGAUUUAUCAGAGUUUCAGAUAAAAAAGAUGUUAAAUGCAAAACCAGAGGAUGUCCAUGUUCAAUCACCACUGUCCAAAUUCAGAAGCUCAGAAUGCUGGAAUCUCCCUUUGCAGGGGUGGGAAAGGAGUCUAAGGAAUAAAGUCAUCUCUCUAGACCAUAAAAAUAAAAAAGGUAUCCGAGGGUGUCCUGUCACUACCAAGUCAUCACCAGAAAGGCAACUCAAAGUUAUGUUGACGAAUGUCCUAUGGACGGAUUUAGGACGAAAAUUCAGAAAGACCCUACCUAGAAACGAUGCUAAUUUAUGUGAUGCCAACAAGGUGCAAUCAGACUCAUUGCCUUCGACAUCUGUUGACAGCCUAGAGACAUGUCAAAUAUUAGAACCUCUUCACCAAAGGCUUAAUUUAUCUGAAAGAUUCUGGGGUACAUGUGCAGAUCAUGCAAGAUUAUUGCAUAGGAUACCCCGAGUUAUAUUGACGAAUGUCCUGGGAACGGAGUUAGGAAGAAAAUACAUAAGGACCCCACCUGUAACUGAGGGAAGUUUGAGUGAUACAGACAACAUGCAAUCAGAGCAACUUUCUUCAUCAUCUGAUGGCAGCCUAGAAUCUUAUCAAAAUCUAAAUCCUCACAAGAGCUGUUAUUUAUCUGAAAGGUGCCCACAACAAAGUAAGACAGAUAACUCUGUGAAGCAGGCUGCGCGCAAUAAAGAAAAACGAAGAACUGAUGAUGGCAUUUCUCUUUUAAUGUCUGAUACUCAGCCUAAAGACCUUAACAGUGGAGGUAGAGGUUGUCAUCAUCUUGAACAGGAAAGCAGAAACAAGGAUGUUAAAUAUUCUGAUUCAAAAAUGGAACCCACUCUGAUUUCCCGGAAGAGAAAGAGAAGGCUUAGAAAUAAUUUAUCUGAUUCUCAAAAUUGUACUUCUUUGGAUAAGUCAACAGAAGAGACAAAAAAACAAGAUGAUGACUCAGCAAUAUCCACUGAGUUUGAAAAGUCAAGUGAAAACUAUCAUCAGGAUCCAAAACUGCUUGAAGAAAUUACAUCUAAACCUACAAAAAAUGAUUUUAGUAAACUAUCCUCACUUAACAAUCAGGAGUUGGCUUUCAGUAACACCACCAAAAGUGCCUCUGCCUGUUCAACCACUGAAACUGUUGAGAACUCUAAUUCCACUGAUACUUCGGGGAUUUCUUCCCUGGUUGAGAAGGAUGAGAGUGAGUUGAAUACAAUAGAAAAGCCUAUUCUAAGAGGACGUAAUGAAGGGAACCAAUCAUUGAUCUCAGCUGAACCAAUUGUUGUUUCCAGUGAUGAAGAAGGACCUGUUGAACAUAAAAAUUCAGAAAUUCUUAAGUUACAACCUAAGCAAGAGCAUGAGUCAACUGAUGAAAAUGAGAGUACUUCUGAAUCAGCAUUGUCAAAACUACCAUUGAUUACACGUGAAUCUGGGCAGAUGUCAUCUGAAUUAUGCCCAUAUAAUCCUGUCAUGGAAAACAUUUCCAGUAUUAUGCCUAGUAAUGAGAUGGAUCUACAACUGGAUUUUAUAUUUACUUCUGUUUAUAUUGGUAAAAUAAAAGGAGCUUCUAAAGGUUGUGUUACAAUCACAACAAAAUAUAUUAAGAUCCCAUUUCAAGUGUCCCUGAAUGAGAUUUCAUUGCUAGUGGAUACCACACAUUUAAAGCGGUUUGGGUUAUGGAAAAGUAAGGAUGAUGGUCAUAGUAAAAGGAGCCAUGCUAUUCUUUUCUUCUGGGUCUCUUCGGAUUAUCUUCAAGAGAUUCAGACCCAAUUAGAACACUCUGCAUUAAGCCAGCAAUCAAAGUCUAGUGAAUUCAUUUUCCUUGAACUACACAAUCCUGUUUCACAAAGAGAAGAAUUGAAGUUGAAAGAUAUUAUGAUGGAAAUAAGUACCAUCAGUGGAGAAUUAGAGCUCUCUUAUCCACUGUCUUGGGUUCAGGCAUUUCCUUUGUUUCAGAACCUCUCUUCAAAAGAAAGUUCUUUUAUUCAUUAUUACUGUGCUUCAACUUGUUCUUUCCCUGCUGGUUCUGCUGUUGCUGAAGAAAUGAAGCUGAAUCCAGUAUCUCAGCCCUCAAAUACAGAUGCAGCCAAGCCUACUUACACCUUCCUUCAGAAGCAAAGCAGUGGUUGCUACUCCCUUUCUAUUACAUCCAAUCCAGAUGAAGAAUGGCGAGAAGUCAGGCACACUGGACCUGUCCAGAAGUUGAUUGUAUAUCCUCCACCACCUACUAAGGGGGGACUAGGAGUAACUAAUGAAGAUCUGGAGUGUUUAGAAGAAGGGGAGUUUCUUAAUGAUGUAAUCAUUGAUUUUUACCUUAAGUAUCUUAUAUUGGAGAAGGCAUCAGAUGAACUUGUUGAACGAAGUCACAUUUUUAGUAGCUUUUUCUAUAAAUGCUUGACAAGAAAGGAAAAUAAUUUAACAGAAGAGAAUCCAAAUCUUUCAAUGGCACAGAGAAGACAUAAAAGAGUAAGAACUUGGACUCGUCACAUAAACAUUUUUAAUAAAGAUUACAUCUUUGUACCUGUAAAUGAGUCGUCUCACUGGUAUCUCGCAGUCAUUUGUUUUCCGUGGUUAGAAGAAGUUGUGUAUGAAGAUUUCCCACAAACUGCAUCCCAUCAGUCCCAGGCUCAGCAGUCCCAGCCUGACAACAAAACAAUAGAUGAUGAUCUACAUCCUACUUCGACACUGUCUUUGAGUACAGAGGAUUCCCAAAGUACCGAGUUGAAUAUGUCAGUACCAAAGAAAAUGUGUAAAAGGCCAUGUAUUCUUAUACUAGACUCCUUGAAAGCUGCUUCUAUACAAAACACAGUUCAGAAUUUACGAGAGUAUUUAGAGGUAGAGUGGGAAGUUAAGCUAAAAACUCAUCGUGAAUUCAGCAAAACAAACAUGGUGGAUCUAUGCCCUAAAGUUCCUAAACAGGACAAUAGCAGUGAUUGUGGAGUAUAUUUACUGCAAUAUGUGGAAAGCUUCUUCAAGGAUCCUAUUGUUAACUUUGAACUUCCAAUUCAUUUGGAGAAAUGGUUUCCUCGUCAUGUAAUAAAGACCAAACGGGAAGAUAUUCGAGAGCUCAUCUUAAAACUUCAUUUACAGCAACAGAAGGGCAGCAGUAGCUAGUUAAUCUGUACAAACAUGACACAGAUGUUCUCUAAGAUUACUGGAAAGCCUCUUACCAGCAUUUGUGUUAGCCAGCUCACAGAGAAGAAAAUAACUUGCCGUAGUUUUAUAAGUCAUUGGAACGUUAUUUAAAAUACAUGAGAUAUAUUAUUAGAGUUGUUGGGAUCUCAUAGAUGGAGUAGGAAUGGGGGUGAUAUAGAUAAACUUAUUAGAUAUAAAUUAAAAUUUUAUAAAUAUUUCAUAUUUUUCUGAGUAAAUAUGCUUGGAUUAUGCAAUAGUAUAUGUAAUGUGGGAAUGUUUUUGUAGAUAAUAAAACUUAUGUGAUCUGUACUUCCACAUAACUGGGUGUUGAGGGGAGUUAAAGCCUCCCUGGUGCCAGCCCCAGUGCUUGUCAAAUUUGUUGACAAGUCACAUCAUAUUGUAAUUCUAUUCUUUGCAGCUCAAGCAUGCAGUAUGAAUACUGUGUAUUUUUUAAAAAAAGAAUUUAGUAUCAAGGCUUCAGAAAAUGCCAUUUACGGCAUCCCUUCUGUAUGUAACAAAAAGACAUUCGUAAUGUUAGGAAGAUGAUAAAAAUUCGCUCUUUUAAGGUGCAGCUUAUUAUUCUCAAUUGCUAAAUGCAGUUACUCUGCUCUAUUUUUUUCAUUUCUUUUGAUGUCAUAUGUGGGUAUAAUUUAGUUCAUUUGUUCAGGGUAAAUCUACAACAAAAAAUUUUAGCUGUCCAAAAUAGUUUUUAAAAAAUUGUACCUGUAGCUCAACUUAGUUUAUUUGAGGUAUAGUUAUAUAAAUAUUCACUGUUUCAUUAUCAUUGAAUAUAUGUAUAGUUUCUGUAAUAUAGAAGAUAAAAUUGGUGUCCUCAUAACUUUAACAAAGAAAACCCUCAGUCCUAUUUAUUAAUGGUUAGAAUUAAAUAUAUAAUUUUAUAACUCAGUUUACCCAGUAUUCAUCUGCAAAGCCAGAUUGCUCUCAUUGCUUUUAUAUUUUUAAACUGUAGUUUUUAGAGACCUAUGAUACUCAUGGAGCUUAAUUUUUUAUUAAGUAUUCAGGUAACAGUUCUGAAUUCAUGUGAUGAUGGUGGCAUUAUAUACGGUUAAACACUUCAGAACUUUCUAAUGUUAUCAGGAAUAUUUUGAGGGAGAUAUAAUUAUAUUGUAUUUUCUCAGAUAAGAAAAAUGUUUUUUAACAAUAUUAUUUUAAUCUUCUGUUUUAAGCAUCCCUUGGAUUUACAUUAUAACUAUGUAAAGCAGUGAAGCAAAGGCAAUUUUAGAUAAAGCUAGAAAGUCUGAACGUUUUAUUUCAAAAUCAUGUGAAUUGAGGUGGUCAUUUAAGCCUCAGUAUCCUUAGCUUUUGUUGAUUUUAUCACUAUCUUUAUAUUAUUACAAAGAUAUUUGUCUUUUGGAGAUUUCGUAUAAAGAUGGCUAUAAUUACAUAUUUUCUUUCCCAAUUUGUGUGUGUUCGGGGGGCACUUUUAAAGCUGACUGUUGUUUUAUACAUCUACUUUUGGGAAAACAAGUGUAUAAGACAUCUUGUGAUUUCUUAACGUUUUUGUUUGUGUGCUCUUCAAAGAUACCACUGUCCUUUAUGGUGUUUUGAAGCUUGUUUAAAAUUCAUUUUCCUAAAUUAAUGUGCAAAUAAUGCUUUGAGGAUAUCAAUGUUUUAUAUUAAACAUAUUUCCAGUUCAUUAAA